AUGUUUCUUCAUGGGGUGCUCAAGGAUGGUUCUUCAAAUUUGUGGGACAGAUGCUUCGCUGGUGCUUGCCUGGCCUGUUGCUACAUGAGAGCGAGAUGGGGGGACUUCCAGCAUACAGUCUCAUGUGAAUUGGAUCACAGCGAUGACGGCAACGUGGCAUAUAUUUGCUUCAGUGCUGAAAUCCAUAAGACGUCGGGGACCAGGUACUUCGAUGGUCGUCCCAUCUUCUGGGUGGCUCCUUCAGUGGGCGUAACCUCAGACAAUUGGGUAGAACAGUGGCUCACAGUGCGGACUGAGCUGGGAUUGGAUGCCUUCAAACCUCCACUCCCUGCUCCCGACUCUGCUGGUGAGGCCACAGGAUCCACGGUUUCAACAGGCGAGUUGACGGACUGGCUUCGCGAGACCCUUCCAGACAGGGAGGGCUUGAGAACUUCAGCACAUGUGCUGAAGGCUACUUUCUUGUCAAUGGCUGGAAAACGAGGCUUCGCACAUCUGGACUGCCUGGCACUUGGAGCUCACGCGCAUGGGGCUGGCAUGGCUGAGACGUACUUUCGGGAGGUUUCUGCCAGGCCAUUGCGGCUGCUUGAGUCCAUGUUACGAGAAAUACGACUGGGUCUAUAUGCGCCUGAUGCGAGCCGUGUGGGGCGACUGGACCCAUCGCUGGAGGGCUUUACUGGCGAUGCCAUGGCGCACAACAAUCUGGUUCAUGGAACGGAUGAGCAUUUUCCUUUCUCUCCUGAGCCUCCUUCAGAGUUGGACGUGGAGAAAUCUUCGAUACGUGAGGCCGGUCAGAGUGAGCUCGGCGAAGGCCCCGUGAUGGGGGCUGGUUUCCAUGAGGAUGGCAAUUGCAGUUUUGAUGAGUCGGCACUGAUCUCGGGGCAGGACCAACAGAAUCUUGGUGGUGGUGUUUUCGAUGAACCCUCAAGAGCUGGCAGUGAGGAUCAGCUGAAUUUUGGUGUUGGCGCUCUCAAUGAACCCCGACAGGCUGGCGAUGAGGACGGCGAUAGCUCAGAGUCUUCGGAUAGCAGUUCUUCGAGCGAUUCGCAGUCUGAUGUUUUGUCUGAGGAUGAUUACGUUGAGGGGAGAGGGGUGCGGGAAAAGGGCAUGUCGCUCAUUGAUAGUGAGGCCGCUCUGAAGCAACGCUGUGAAGGUCUGGGCGCUGAGGCUGUUCGAACGGCCCUUGAUGCCCAGGGCAUCAAGACCUUCGCAUCACUUGCGUAUGCAUGCGGGACCCCUCAAGAGAAACCAUCAGCGACCGAGUUCGAUGCAUUUUGCCGGCAAAUCCUAGGGGCGGCGCCGCAAUUGGGGCCGAUUUCCAUGCUUAAACGGCUUCAUUUUGAAGCUGUUACGUAUGUGAUUGCGCAGCUGCGGCAGAAUGUUGCUGGUGAGAGCAGUGAAUCCCCAAAGAAAAUACCGUUGGCUGAAAAAGCCGCAAGGGCCCAGGAACAGAAGACGCGGCUCAAUGGCGUGAACAUUGAGCGCUCCAUGGUGCCAUCGCAUCACCUUAUCGACUUGUGUGCGCAUAUGCUUGACCAGAAUUGCCCUAUGUGGAUUGCACCCUCAAAAUGCACCAGUCGUGAGUCCGAGUUGCAGCAUUCCUCGAAGACCAAGGAUCGUUUGUUCCGGUUGCAGGAUCAAACGUUGCGCGUUGUUGAUGAUGAUUCGGUGCCCAGUGCCGAGUGCAAUUCUCCCAUCAUGCUUCAAUGGUGUUGGCAGCGCCGAGGCUUAGCGUUGGAUCAAGCCAAGUUGGUGGCUUGGCACGAUCACGAAAGAUGGGUGCAAACCCUCCUCCAAGCGUUGACCCGGGACCCACCUCCUGAGUGUCAUCGGCGAAGCCUCGCUGAAAUCAUCCAGGCUGACAGGGAGGCGUGGAUGAUUAUGGCUGAGGAGGUGACGUCCUUGCAGCCAUUGGCUGAUGGAUCCAUGCCACUCGGGACAAAGUUGCUGGCGUUGAGAACUGAUCCCCGUAUCCAGGUCUUGCUCAUGCCCAUGCCUGGCAAGGCUCCUGCUGCCCACAAGCUCGAUGAGACUGCGCCAUCCCCCGGAGCAGGUGACGGCACCAGCCGGGCUGCACGGCGUCGGAAACGGCGCCAGGAGCUCAAGAAGAAGGCCCCCGACGCUCCGCCCAAGAAUCCACGGUUGACACCGCCUCCGGAGCUCGCCAAUUGCUACCAGCGCACCGAACAUGGCAGGCCCAUAUGCUGGGAACACAAUUGUAAGGGUUGCAAGGAGAAGACGCAGGGCACGCCCCCUGUUUGCAGGCGUGGUGUGCAUGUCUGCGCUUUUUGCCGUCGUGCCAAUCAUGCUUUUCCAGCAUGUCGUGCUCGCAGUUGGCGCAAUGUUGAUCACUCGAAGACAAAGGAGUGA